UGCAAAAAUGCUGCUGAAAAUUCAACAUCGUCUGGUGCAAAAAUGCAGCUGGGUGGAAACGGUCCUUGGACUCUCGCAAGCCAGCCAAACGGUGACUGGAUUCGAUUCGAUUCAUUCGAUUCAGGCACAAGAAAGCCGUUAGCACUUGACUGAAGGGAGGCAAUCAAUGGUCAUCCGAAGCCGAGAACCGAGAACUUGCACAGGUGUUCUCGAUGGCGGCUUCGAGCACCUCACAAAGAUCGCUGAACGCUCUUCCCGCGCUUGUUGCAUAGGCAUUGUGUCCAUCAAGAAGAUUUCCAAACUCAUAGUACUUUCAUUCCGCGCUUGGCACAACUCGCUCCUGUAAUUGGUAACAAGCUAGCUAGAGUGGCAUUAUUUAUCCUCCCACCUCGAACUCUUCCUUUCUUCUCUAGAUUAGGCCAUGGCAACUGAAGCUGAGACUCCUCCCCCUGCCGCCGAUGGCGGAAACGCUGGUGGCGGUGACAAACCUGCAGGCAAAAAGCGCAACCGAAAUCGGAACCGAAAAAAGAAAAAUAAGAAGGCUGCCGAAGGAGCUGCUGGUGAGUCGGCUGAUGAUGGAGUGGACGAAAGUGCGGAAUUCGACGAAGCCGAUGCCAAAGACGAGGGUGACACAGCUGCCGCGGCAGGAGAUGACAACAAUGCCAACGACGACAGCAAGAAGAAUGGCGGCAAAAACAACAAUAACAACAAGAAGAACAAGAAUAAAAACCAAAACAAAAGCAACAGUCCCAAGAAGGAGGCGCCAGCUACGUCGCUCCCGGCAGACAUGGAAAAGAUCAAAUCCCUAGAGGCAAAACUGGAGGAGGCAAACACCAAAUGCGCCAGUCUAGAGGCCGAUUUGGAGUCUGCCAAGGCUGAGAAACCUGCAGGUGAUGGUGAUAGUGGCAAUGAGGAGAUCUCUGCUUUGAAGAAGGACAAUGAGGAACUCAAAGCAUCUUUGGAAGCGGAAAAGAAGGCGAACUCUGCCAAGGACGAAACUUUGGAAACAACGCGAACCGUGAUGAAUGAAGCCGUUUCCAAGGGUAAAGAAUUGGAAACCAAAUGUUCCAACCUUGAGGCCGAAUUGCAAUCUGCUAACUCCCAAAUAGAAUCUAUGGUGGCUGAGAAAGAUCAAGCUGCGAGUUCUGGUGGCAAUGACGAGGAACUAGCUGCCCUCAAAACAAAGGUCGAAGAAUUGGAAAAAGCAAAAGCCCAAGAAGUCGCAGAUUUGCAAACGGAAAAGGAGAGCCUCGAAAAACAGCUGGAAGAGGCAAAGAACGCAUCGGGUGCAGCUUCGGAAGGCAGUGCCAAGGUAGAAGAGCUGGAAAAGGCCAAGUCAGAUCUAGAGGCCAAGGUUGAAACGUUGGAACAAUCCGUCAAAGACAGCGAAGCCAAAGCGUCGGCAUCUGUGGAAGAAAUUGGCUCCCUCAAAUCGAAGGUGGAAGCAUUAGAGAAAGAGAAGGAAGAGCAGGGAUCCGAAAUUGAAGCCCUCAAGGGCAAGGUGGAGUCAGCGGGGAAUGACAGUGGUGAUUCUACAGCCUUGCAACAGGAAAUUGACAGUCUUAAAGCCAAGGCUGAGAGUCUUGAGAAAGAAAAGGCAGACGCCGAGACGGAAAAGGCGAGCCUCGCUAGUAAAGUUGACGAACUAGAAAAGGCCAGCAGCAACGCAACGGCAUUGCAGAGUGAAAUUGACAAUCUCAAGUCGAAGGCUGAAAGCUUGGAAAAAGAAAAGUCGGACAUCUCGGCGUCACUCACUGCCGAAAAGGAAAGUCUUGCCAGCAAAGUGGAUGAAUUGGAAAAGGCCAGUGGUGAUUCAUCAGCAUCGCAGAGUGUGAUUGACGAUCUCAAGGCCAAGAAUGAAAGCCUGCAAAAAGAAAAGGAAGAAAUAUCGGCAUCGCUCAAGGCGGAAGGCGAGAGCCUUCAAGCCAAGGUGGAAGAGCUGAAGAAAGCAAUGACUGACGAACGCGCUACACUUCAGGCGGAACUCGAUACCGCCAAGGAUAGCUUUGCAAAAGAUAAGGCCCAACUCGAACAGAAUUUGCAAUUGGCUUUCGAUGCACAACUGGAGCAAGCAAAAGGAAAGCAGGCAAGUCUAGAGAAAGAACUGGAGCAGACACAGAAGGAGUUGAAGGAGUCCAUUCAGAAAGUGCAAGAAAAGGCCACCGAAGUCGCGUCGCGAGAGUUGCCAACACCAGAGGGCGGCGAAUAUGUUUCCAAGCUGUGGCAAGGCAAGCUGGCUGAAAAGGCGAAGGAAUUGAAGGAUGCCGAGAAACGUUUGCAGGAGCUAGAGGCAGACCACAAAGAUUUACAGGGUCGAUUGGAGAAGGCCGUCGUGGACAAGAAACCUUGGUGGUUGUGUGGAUAAGAGACUGCGGUGACACGGGGACGAUGAUUUCCGAACUAGAGUUUUUUAGUUUGUAUACCUUGCAUUCAUGCACUCAUGCAUGGUAGGGGGCCCGCCUUUGACUCUUGGCUUUCAAGAUCUUGUUCCUCAGCUUCAAGAAGAGUCUGAAACCAACCGAUCACAAGAUGGCGCGUUGCCGCCUUGUCUCAUUCAUAUUAGGGCAGAAGCUAUGCUUGUACCGUGAUGUGUCAGAUGUUUUUUAAAUGUUGCUUUUGUGUAAGUAAAGUAAGAUUCCUUUCCGUGUUUUUAGAGUGGGGUGGAGUACCGGCACGGCAGCUGUGCUGACUACAGUCGUUCGGAAGAAUGCUCAUGUCGACUCGACUCGUGGCUGUGAAAAUAGUCUCUUGGUAGAUCCGUGUUUACAAACGAGGCUUUCCCUUCUUGUACCAACUUGCUAAAGGUGGCAUAAUCAUCGGGAUCUCUCCCGUUGUGACCCCAGACUCCCACGUGGUAGCGUCUAGCAAGCUUUUGCAACACUUGAACACCGUCUGGUGUCAGCAUCUGUGGUUCAAACUGUAGAUACACUCCAUCCAACCUUCCUUUGACCCAUCCACGAAUUUUCUUGAGCACUUCUUCCUCUUGCUCGCCAAUAGAGACUUGCAAUUCGACCUCUCUUUUCGGCACAUCACUGACAGUCAGGACGAUGAGUUUGGGUCGUUCGUAUUUGAUGGAUUGUUGCGCUGAUUUGGUGCCCUGUUCAAUUACUGGACUGGGGAAGAUUCCCAUGCUGUAACAUCGCCGGUGACCGAAUGAGCUAUUGCUUGCUUGGCCUCUCUCCGUUCUGCUUCCAAAGCGUGCAUCCAGUUCUUCCUGCAGAGAAUGCACGACAAAGGAAUCAAACGACAUGACUACCGCACAAUGGGCCAUUAAAUAGGGAUGCUGUCCAAAGAGUCUUGUCAACGCUGAUGCCGCUUCUCUAUUUCCAGGUUUGAUUUCGAUAAUGAGUUGCGAUUGUCCGCCAAUGGCAUGAGCGCUCUGCAGUACAUCCAACAAGAGGGGAGGCCGCGAACCACUCUUGAGUGCCAAGCCCAUGAUUUCCUGAAAGGUCAAAUCUCGCACAUUCCGAGACGAUUUCUCACAGGACGUAUCCAAUGCUAACCGUGAAAAGUCUUCGUCAUGCGCCAGAAUGAGUCGUUCAUCUCGAGUGAGUGCAAUGUCGCAUUCACAUAGAUGAAUGCCACUAGACCAAGCACGUUCAUAUGCCUCCAGGGAAUUCUCCAAUGGUCGCCGAUCGGACCGAUCUUGCGGUGAAUGGAAUCCACGAUGAGCCACAAGAUUGGGCAACAGCCCUAACUGAUUGAUACGUUCCACGGAUUGUCGCAACCAGAGUAGUUCCUGGCGUCUCUUGUCGACUAGAUGAUCGUGUUCAGCAUGUGAAUCUUUCCUGUCGUCUCUG